GGCUACACGCGCGACACCGGCUUCGUGCGAUCCUUCUAUCGAGUGAAAAUUAAACUGUUCAAGAAUUCGACGAAAAAACGCAAUUAUUUGAUUAAUUAUUGUCUUGUGUGUAUUAUACUUAGUGCAGUUUUCGGUUAGCACUGUUGUAGUUUUAGUUUUGUGAUCCACGUGGGCUUAUUGACGACAUUUCGUGUGUAAUGUUACUGUAGUUAAUGACAGUUGAUUUGAAAACACAGCCUUUUCAGUUUGUAGGAUCUCAAUCAAGCCUAGACCACGAUGAAGUGUCACUAUGAGGUGCUGGGCGUUAAAAGAGACGCAUCGGACGACGACCUGAAAAAGGCUUAUAGGAAAUUAGCCUUGAAAUGGCAUCCUGAUAAGAACUUGGAUAAUGCCGAGGAGGCUGCAGAGGAGUUUAAACUUAUCCAGGCUGCGUAUGAGGUCCUGAGUGAUCCACAGGAGAGAGCCUGGUAUGAUAACCACCGAGAGGCGCUGCUGAAAGGGGGUGUGAGCGGAGAGUACCAGGAUGACAGCACCGAUCUCUUGCAGUUCUUCACCGUCACCUGCUACUCCGGUUACGGAGAUGACGAAAAGGGCUUUUACGCUGUAUACAGGAAUGUGUUUGAGACUAUCGUAAAGGAGGAGAUGGAGCACAGCAAAAAUGAGGAAGAGGAGGAGGACGACGCGUUUCCCUCAUUUGGAGACUCUCAGAGUGACUAUGACACUGUGGUGCAUUUAUUCUAUGGCUACUGGCAGAGCUUCUGUACCCGCAAAAACUUUGCAUGGAAAGAGGAGUAUGACACGCGACAAGCCUCCAACCGCUGGGAGAAGAGAGCCAUGGAGAAAGAGAACAAGAAAACCAGGGACAAGGCCAGGAAAGAGCACAGUGAGCUGGUGCGCCAACUAGUGGCCUUCGUGCGAAAGCGCGACAAGCGCGUUCAGGCUCACAAGAAGCUGGUGGAAGAGCAGAACGCAGAGAAGGCCAAAAAAGUAGAAGAACUGAGGAGAAAACAGAAGCUCCACCAGGCAAAACUGGCGGAGAACUAUAAGGAGCAGAGUUGGGCCGCCAUGUCGGAGCUGGAGAAAGAACUUCAGCAGAUGGAAGCACAGUACGGUCAAGAGUUCGGUGAUGCAUCAGAGAGUGAAGAGGACGAGGACGAGGUGGAAAAUGGGCAGGAGAGAGCAAAUGUGGACAGGGGAGAUGUGGUGCAGGCAGAUGGGGCCGCGGAAAUGAACGACUAUUAUGAUGACCUGUACUGUCCUGCCUGUGACAAAUCUUUCAAAUCCGAUAAAGCUAUGAAAAACCAUGAGAAGUCUAAGAAACACAGAGAGAUGGUGGCAUUGCUACGGCAACAACUGGAGGAGGAAGACAAGUCGCUGAGUCACAACUCUGCUGAGAGAGAGGAGGAAGAGGAGGAGGAGGAGGAUGAUGAACUCAAUGACACACCAAGACAAAAAUUAUCUAAAAGGCAGAAGAAGAAAAAACGGCAGCAGAAAAACGUAAAUAAUCUUCCAGAAGAUCCGGAGAUUGACAGCACAGUCCCACAGUCCACAGAAGAGUCUCCCGCAACUGCCCCUGACUCGGGCAACAACGAGGACGCCCCUGUCCCCUCUGAGGACCCAGAUGAGAAAUUAAAACCAGAGGAACGUGAACCCACAAACCAGAAAAGCUCUGCCAAGACAAAAGGGAAGAAAGGCGGAAAAGACUCUAAGAACAGCAAACCAAACGGUGUGGAAGUUACACAAGAGAAGGAAGUCAACCUGCGCUGUGUGACCUGUCAGUAUGAAUUCACCACCAGGAACAAACUUUUCGAUCACCUGAAGACCACGGGCCACGCCACCGCUCUCUCCUCCAGUAACACUGCCCAAACGAGCAAGAAAAAGAAGGAUGCCAGGAAGAACAGAUAACCGAGAGGCAGACUGAAGACUGUCCCUCUGAAUGUACAUUUGUCCAAGAAAACAAAACCUCUGCUGUUUUUUUUUUACAGUGCAGUUGUGCAACCAUCAGGAAGCGUGUGUAUUUCUGUCCCUAGAAUAAUGAAUUUGUGCCCCAUGGGCUGACAUUUCUUUUGUAACGCGCCAUAUGCCAAAAGAUUUCCCUAGAACUGCCAUUUAUUCCCACCAUCAUUGAGGUGUAAUCUGGUGCCUCAGCUCUUCUGUAGGCAAAUGAGACUUGGAUAUUUUUGUAGGCAGUGCAUGUUUCGUUUUGUUUUUAGAAGAUUAAAAAACAAUGAUCUUGCUUCUAAAGAAGGCACAUUUUAUGUCGGGUUUAGAUGCAUUUUCAUAUUCACCAUUCCAGACUGGUGACCUGUAAAAGACCACGUGAGGAAUAAACUUCACUGGAUGUUUUAAACUUGCUUUUGACAAUAUUUCAGAGAGCUUCCUAUUUAUUGGAAAUGUUUUGGAACAUGGAACGGUUCAUUAGAAGAAAUGCUAUGAACCGCAAAAUUUCAUAACCGUGUUAUUUUUAGUAAGAAGACCUAUGGGUUUAGUAUUGUGAAAAGGGUAAAAGCUAAACAUUCCAAAAUAUUUUUAUUGCACCAUGUGUAAUGGGUCAGCUGCGGUAUAAAAAGGCUUAGUGUUAUGCAAAACAAUAUCAUGGGAUUUCCAGGAAAAGAUUACUAAAAGGACCAGGAAAAACAUUAGAUGCUUAUUUAAUAUACAGUUGCUUUCUUUACAGGACAAAAAUAUCCAUAGCUUCACAUGACGUUUUUAAGGAUCAACAGAUUUAUUUAUUAUAAAAGUGACCUUGCUUGACUUAAUCAUAUACACUCUGAGUGUCAUUUGAACUGGGUCAGGUCUGAAUUGAAUCCCUCUCAAACACAUUUAUGUAUUUAUAAAAUUGCCGUUUCACUGUAAAUGCAGCCUUGCUGUUGAAAUACAUUUAAAAAGCUACAAAUGUGAAUUCUACAAAUGUGCUUUAGUCUUUAUUUAGCAUUGCAAGGAACAAUAUUAGUUAUAUUUUUCAGCACUAAACACAAUUACCAAAUUAAAACGAGAGUUUGAACCAGAUUUUUUGUUUUUGUUUCCUGCACACGGGAAUCAGUCAAGUUUUAUUUUUAAUGUAUAAAAUCAAUGGAUGUAGCUGUACUUUUAAAACAACACAAAUCUGUAAUGGCAAGUAUAUCAUGCUGUAUUGUUAGAAGAUAGUAAAAUAAUUUUGUACCAACUAA